ACAUACAACAAUAACAACAACAAAAAAUUAUACAUAUCAGCAUAUCCUUCAAGAGUGCAUUAACAAAAUCUGAUUCAAAUGGACUCAGGAAAAGAAGUUGAGGAAUCAUCAACAGCUCCCAUUCUAGAAUCCAAGAGGACAAGAAGCAAUGGCAGAGGGAAAUCCGUUGAUGUUGGAGAUGCUCCUCCACCUGCAGUUGUUGUUACCACAAAAGCUACUCCACUUCGUAAAGGUGGAAUGAAAAAGGGAAUAGCAAUCUUAGAUUUCAUUCUCAGGCUUAGUGCCAUUGGUUCUUCUCUUGGUGCUGCUGCUCUUAUGGGGACUAAUGAACAAAUACUUCCAUUCUUCACUCAGUUUCUUCAGUUUCAUGCUCAAUGGAGUGAUUUUCCAAUGUUUCAGUUUUUUGUGGGAGCAAAUGCAACAGCAGGUGGAAUUCUCGUCCUCUCCUUACCAUUCUCAAUUGUCUGCAUUGUUAGACCACAUGCAACUGGACCACGUUUUCUACUUGUGAUCAUUGAUUUAGUGAUAAUGGCGUUAGUUGUUGCAGCUGCUUCAGCUGCUGCAGCUGUUGUGUACUUAGCACAUAAUGGAAGUCAAGAUGCUAAUUGGAAUGCCAUUUGUCAACAAUUCACUGAUUUUUGCCAGGGUUCAAGUUUGGCUGUGAUUUCUUCUUUUGUUGCCGCGGUUUUCUUAGCUUGUUUGGUUGUGCUGUCUUCCGUAGCUCUGAAAAGGAGUUAAAAAGUGAUAUUGAAGUUUGAUGGUUGAUGGAAGUUAAUUACUGUUUUUUUAAUGUUUGGUAAACUUGUUUGAGUUUGUGGUUUGUAAUUGAUGUUUAUAUAGUUGAAGUGAAAAUUCAUGUUCAACGCUUGUCGUAACAAAUUAUAUCCCCGUAAGUGCUUCACCAUUG